GGUAGACUCUCUAAAGAACUCUACAUAAAUCAGCAUAAUUUACUGGUUAUUCAUGGUUAACAGCAUUCCAAUGAUCAACUUAUUGUGCUUGCUCAUCAGUUUCUCAAUCUUCUGGACGUGCCAUGGUGCAGCAUUGUUCAUUGGGGAUACACUUAAACCAGGGGAGGCUCUCAAUUCCUCGAGCUUUUUGGCCUCUGCUUCGGGGGAGUUUACCUUGGGUUUCAACUCCAGCUACCUCACUCUGAGGUCCAAGGACUAUACGGUUUGGAUUGCCAACCUGUACACACCGAUUUCAGACACUUCGUCGGCGCUUCUUACCUUGGAUAAGACCACAACUGUCCUGCAAAUUACGUUUAAAGGCGGGAAUCCAAUUGUGCUUUACACCUCUCCAGAAAAUAGCACCAAUGUUGUGGCUACCCUGUCAGAUUCUGGCAUCCUAGUCCUGCAAGAGGUGGAUCAGGAUGUUUCAAACUCUCCUAAACAAGAAUCGCCAUUGAUAAGGGUGUUGUGGCAAAGCUUUGAUCAUCCUACUGUGGCCCUUAUGCCGAAGAUGAAAAUAGGUGUUGAUAAUAGAAAUGGCAACAAUUGGUCACUGUCAUCUUGGCGGGAAAGUCAGAUCAGCCCUGGGCCAGGUUCUUUCACCCUUGAUUGGGAUUUCAAUACACGCCAGUUGGAAGUUAGGAAAAGCGGGGAGGUUUACUGGACUAGCGGGGAAUUCAGAUCUGGAAGAUUUUUGUACAUCAAUAUCACUGAGGCAUCCAAGGUCAGUUACAAUUUUAGCGUGGUUUCGAAUGAGAAAGAAGACUACUUCAGUUACACUGCUGUUGGUGAUCAAAAUGUUGCAUCAGUCUGGGUGCUAGACACAGGUGGGGAGCUUUAUGAUGUUAAUUAUAACAUUUCUAUUGCGCGAGCAGGUGACUGUGAUGGCUAUAACACCCUAGGAGGGUGCCACGGAUGGCGCGCUCGGAGAACUAAUGAUGGACUGCAUAAGAGGAUCUGGAUUGGUAUAGCAAUUGCGGCUGUUCUUCUGGCACUGGUGCUUUGCAGCAUGUGCUACCUAAUACAAAGAAGAAAACUUGCAGGUGAGAACCAAGCAAAGAUCCAGGAUAUGCUGAACAUAAUGAAAUCUAAUAGACCUACUGGUGCUAAUGGGCUUCAAAAUGAUGGAGAGGGGGCCCGUGAUUUAAGCGUAUUUAGUUAUGCAUCUAUUGUAGCUGCCACUUGCAACUUCUCUAAUGAAAAUAAGCUCGGAGAAGGGGGUUUUGGACCUGUUUAUAAGGGGAAAUUGGUGUCUGGACAAGAAGUAGCAGUGAAGAGGCUUUCAAAACGUUCAGGGCAGGGAAUAUCUGAGUUUAAGAAUGAAUUGAUACUUAUAUAUGAACUCCAGCAUACAAACCUUGUUCAGCUGUUUGGAUUUUGCAUUCAUGGUGAAGAGAGGGUGUUGAUAUACGAGUACUUGCCAAACAAUAGCUUGGACUACUUUUUAUUUGAUUCAACCAGAUGUCAGCAACUAGAUUGGAACAAACGUUUCAGCAUAAUUGAAGGAAUUGCUCAAGGUUUGCUUUACUUGCAUAAAUAUUCCAGAAUGAGAGUAGUUCAUAGAGAUUUAAAAGCAAGUAAUGUUCUACUUGAUGAAAGAAUGAACCCCAAAAUUUCUGAUUUUGGAAUGGCAAGGAUUUUCACGAAUGAUGAACAAGAAGCAAAUACUUGCAAGAUUGUUGGGACACGUGGUUAUAUGUCCCCUGAGUAUCUUAUGAGGGGAAACUUUUCCAUAAAAUCUGAUGUCUAUAGUUUCGGGGUGUUGAUACUUGAAAUCCUAAGUGGUAGAAGAAACAACAGCUUCUACAAUUAUGAUCAUGCCCUCAAUAUUGUUGGCUACGCAUGGACAUUAUGGAAAGAAGGUGAAGGACUAGGACUAAUGGAUCCAACACUUGGUGCUUCAUGUGAUCAGUAUCAAGUGUUGAGGUGCAUCCACGUUGGUCUGCUCUGCGUGGAGGAAAAUGCAGCUAGUCGACCCACAAUGUUAGAUGCGAUAUCUAUGCUGACCAAUGAAAGCAUGUCACUGCCAGUACCUAUAAAACCGGCAUUUUAUACAGAAAGAAAUGUGAUAACAGAUGCUGUCGGUGGAAAUGGACCGGAUAUGGUGGUAUCUGUAAACGAUAUCUCCAAUUCUGAUUUUGAUGGGCGUUAAAUUUACUACCAAGUCAACCGCCACACUUACCCUUGAGAAUAUAGGUGGUUAUGAGCUUCGAAGUUUGAUUUCUAUUGAAAAAACAUAAGGUGUUUUGUUUACUUCUCGUAACAGAAUGUAAUCAUGUAUUUUGAUUCACGUACUCUUGAUAUCUUGGUUACUAGUUUGUGAUGCACAAUGAAUCAAUAGUUGAUGAUGGUCA